AUCGUGGACAGUUAGUACCACAGAUUUAUGUAACUAGUACGAGAACGAGGAGGAGACUACUCUCUUCCUUAAAUGUUUCAAGAUGGCGGUUAUCAUGUGUACGAAGUAAAUAUCAAAAAGGCACAAUGGGAAAGGUGAAACGUAGCAGACAAAAGCUACACAUUUCUACAUCUACUGCAAAGGACCAGAGCAAAGACAAAAAUCAACCAGAAAGAGAAGUGCAGCUAGAAGAUGACAAAGACACUAAGUCCGAAAAGAGAGCAAGAUCCAUUGCUGGAUCUAAAGCAGCCUCCAACAUCUUUAAGGGUGUUAAAAUCACAGCAGAGACUCUACAGCAGCACUUGCCAGACUUUGAUGCUCGCAGCACUGUUACCAGCAAGACACUGAAGGCACUAAACCUGAAAAAAAAGGACAAACAAAGGAUACGUCAUGAACUAUGGCUACAAAAAAUGGAUGCAAUCACUGCUACUAAAAAAGAGAAGAGGGAGAAGCGGCGCCGUCAGCAAACUGUUAUUGUUGGUGAUAUGUCUGGCAUGACAGAUGCACUACCCACAUUAGAAUUGUUGCUGAAAGAUACAUCAUCAUCAUCAUCAGUUAGAGAAAAGCAAAAGAGAAAACCAAAAGGAAUCCUAUCAGAAAAACAGCAGCAAAAGCAGAUGUUGAAGGAUGUGUCGCUGUUCAGGCAAGUCUUGGAGCACCCAGCUUACAAAGAAAAUCCUGCUGCAACCAUAUCAGAACAUCUAAGAAACAAACUUCUCCAAGAAGAGGAGAUGGAUAUUUAAAAGAAAGAGUAUUUGUGUGUUGUAUGUGCCUAUGUAUGUGUGUGUGUUUUGGAUACAAAUUUGUGCUUUGACAUAUUUACAGAUAUGUGGAUAUAAAAGAAGCAAACAAACUGUUAAAAAGCACUUUGAAUAGAAUUUGUGUGGCUGCUGGUGCUGUCAGAUUUGAAAACCAUUUGUGAAAACUUGA